CUCGUCCCUCCUUGUCGUUGUCAUUUCUCAUUCUGAUCAUCUACCUCCACCGAUCCCCUCAUCGAAUUUUCACAUCUUCGAGCGAGGUGCUAUUUGUCUAGACCAUGGCUACUAUCGAACCCUCAGGUGCUGCUCCGCCAGCAUUGCCUGCCUCGGAACAAGAAUUCCUCUCUUCAUACUUUUCCCAGCGCUAUCGCCAUCGUACCAGCUAUGUACAAAAUCUUGCUCUUACCCAUGGCGAAAAUAUCCUGCCUUUACUGAAGGAGCUGCUCGCCACACAGCCCGUUAUCAAGUCGAUCCCUAUCGCUCGCCCGGCCACAAAGGAGACGGAGCUCAAUGCGGAUGGCGGAAACCCUUCCCCCGUGGUUGACGACCAUCCUUUGUCCUUCGCGCAGACUAAUGCCACGUCCCGUUACAUCCAGCGUGAUACCGGGCUCGCCAUGGCCAUUACCCUCGCCCAAAAAGGAAGCACUCGUGCAGUUGGUCUCUUACUUGCAAACCUGAAUCAUCCAUACCAGGUUGGCAAGAAGAGUUUGCUCAGCUGCCUUGCCUUAUGUGCCACUGACGACGACAUCCUUGCGGCCGCUGCAGAUUCUGCUCCUGCGGUCCGCGAUGCUUUGAUCGCUGCUCUGACCAAGGCAAAGCGCAAGGGCCUUGUCAGCGACAUUUUGGGAAAGCCCCGCCAUAUCGCUAAAUCCAAGCCGCUGGUGCCACUUACGACCCGCUUUCGGCGAGCACUCGAGCGAGCCCAGGAAUACGAGCGCGAGCGAAUUUGGAACAAGUACGGUGGUGUACUGGAUAUCACCAACCAGCCCGGAAACAAUGACUGCGAGCCCGGCGAGUCAAUCAAGGAUGUAGUCCUGUCUCUGCAAGAAACCUUCCCACCCUUGCACAGUUGGGACAGCGCCAAGCCCGAUCGACGGUCCCCGAAGCUCGCCGCUAUGAUCGAAUCCUCUUUAAUACCGCUCCUCAAGCACGACACUAAGAGAACGGUGCAUAUUCUACAUCGGACCUCAUGGCAAGUCCGCGGAGAUAACCAAUAUUCCGCACAUGUCCCUGCAGGCAUGAUCAAUGGGAAAAGGGCGCGCCGUUUCUGGUGUCAUCGUAGUAGUAAUGAUACGCUGUUUCAAGAAUUCUGGCUCAGUCUCAUAGCCGUUGGCAAUGGUGAGCUCGUGAAGAACGGCACUCUGUCUCAAGAGUUUUUCGAGUUCUGCCGUGGACCCGAAGUCGACUGCAUAGUUCGUGCCGUUCUCGUAUUGACCGAGGCAGACGAGUUCAAGGCACGGUCGACCACAGAUUCCGCAUCGCAAGCCUCUCGCCUCAAUAACAUCUUCAAGUUCGCGGCGGCAGGCGUGCAUAACCUGCUUACGCGUAUUUCGGGUUGCUCAGUACUAGAUAAGCGCACCGCAACCACGGCCAUGUUCCAUCAGUACCUUCGAGAGCUCUUGUCACUGCUUUGCUCAAAGGCAGUUGCAGCCAUCCAUGGUCAGAAAAUAGGGAACGCGGCCUUCCGCGACCGACUUUACAAUGACGUCCUCAAGCUCGUACUAACGAACGACCCAAGCAGCUGGGUGCGCGUGACGUCUCCAGAGCUGAGAUCGUUCCCACCACUCGCUCAACACCUCUUCGAUCAGGUUCAAGACGUCUUCAGGGGAACAUGGACCGAAUACCAGCACACGACCGUAUGUUUUGUCGAGGACUUCAUUGAGCUCCUUGCGCCCAAAGAUACAAGUGUCUAUGCGAUUCCCAACGACGGCUUUGUACAGCCAUUUUCCUCAGUUCCGUCGUGGGACAAUAUCUCGGUGUUCCAGACGUUUAUCGCCGAUGGCUUCAGCAAGACCGGCAAGGAGAUGAUCCAACUGGAUUCUAGGUGGAACUGUCAUCUUGCCACCUUGGCACCAAACUUAACGCCUGAGCAGCGCGACCAAGUGUUCCGUUGGGUAACAGCUUUGCCCAGCUUCAAAGCACAGAUUGAGGAAGACCCAGGUUCCCAUAACAUGCAUUUGAUGAUUCAGGCUCUCGGCACCAAUAUUGAGCUCCGACACCAAGUCGUCUUUCCAUUGGUAUUCUUCGACAGGAAGGAUAAAGAGGUUGAUCUGGGCGAGCAAAUCUCAGACUGGGCGGCCUAUGUGGAUAUUCGUAUUCCAGAUGUGCGAGCACUGUUGGUCAAGGAAACUACCAAACCGACGUUUGAGGAUCGUCUCAAGUGGAUCGCUGCCAUUCUCAAGGCUACUCAGCUAGUUGGAGAUGUCAAGGAGUGGAUCAUCACCCUGAAAUGGCUUAUUCCCAAGAUCCGCAACGAGAUUCACCCGAACGUAACGUCUCUUGCGCCACAUCUGUGGACCAAUCGUGGGCUGAUCUCAAGGCAGUAUCUGGACAAUGCAACCUUGGAGGAGGCAAAGGAGUUAUCAAAGUUGUAUCUCGCCAUGGAUGCCCAGAACACGGCUGCUGUCACUGCAGUGUACGCUAUCACUGGCUUUAUUGAUGGCAUAUCGACCGAGGCUCUCAAACGCUUCGCCGGGCAUGCCUCGCACCCUUUCUUCCAGUUUGCUGCAGAGAUUCGCUGGAGACGCGUCCUGACAAAGUACGGAGAGCUGACUGCACUAGAUAAUUACAAUUUGCCUACGGGUGCACCCAUGUACGGCGACGCUCGAUCGGAGCGCGAUGAAGAGAGCGAGAUCAUCAGACGCCAACUGCUAGCCAAGGAGCAAGAAACGCUGAAGACGGAGGGCGGUCCAUGGGGUCUGUAUCAAAUCAUGGAGGGACACGAGGAAGCCUUUGUUCAGGCAAAAUUGAACGCUUUCCAUUCGCGCUGGCUUUCCGUGAAGACGAUGAUGGAUCCAGAUGUCCAGGGGAGGGAUGUGCAGGCGUUUAAAGAAGCCAGGAAGAGCAUUUGGUUGGCACUCUGCACUUCCUUGAGCGCCGAGUUAGGCUGGCGCUGGAAGAACUCGCCGACACUGGUGGCGUAUCUCAAUGAGAUCUUGGAUGUGCUUGCGAGCGCCCCGACAAAGACUUUUGGCGCGGACACCGUCUUUGAUUGGAACGAUGACAAAGUUCUGAGGGAGUCAGUAUCAUACGUCCAGAAACUUUUCGAUAUCUACACUGACGAUGAAUGGAUUCGUGCAAAUCGAGAUGCACUGCCAUGGUAUAGGCGGUUCCGGGACCUUAGACUUGAGUCAACCAUGUUCAAGGUUGGGGUGCAGAAACGUGAGGCGGACUGUGUGCUCAAGAGCGGCAAGAGAGACAAUGUUCGAUAUGAGGCACUCAUGGAGGAGCUCUUAAAAAAAUCGCCAUCAGCUAUUCACCUGCCAUCCGUACGACAGUUUGUUUCGGAUAAGCGGCCUGACCUGUUGACUGACGAGCAGAUUCGUAUGACUAAAGGAAUUGUGGGCCUCUUCAACCAGGUUGAGACUGCAGAGCCAUGGGAUUUCUUCGUGAACACGCCCUCCCGACUCGACCCUCACCAAUGCGAGCUGCUAAAAGCGAGACAUCUCCUUGGCAUGACAGACACUGGAACGUCCUUCAAUAUUCGAGUCCAGCAUGCCCAGUCGUUCAUCGCCAUCCCGACUACAACUGUGGAGGAUGUCGCCAAGGCACUUUGCACUCCUUCCUUGCCAUCGCGCAUUGUCGAGGCGCUUCUUAUGUUCCUUCCGACGAUAGGAGAACCUGCGAGCACCCUCCAAAUCCUCCUGGCUCCAGUGUAUAUUCAGUCUCAUUUGGCUCGCACCUCCAUCCAUGCUGUCGAGAACGCUCUCACGUCUGUUCCCGUGCACCGGAUUCCAGACUUUAUCUUGCCACUCUUCCCGCCUGCCGAGCAGCGCCAGCAAAAGGUGACGGUCCAAAAGGAGGGCGUUCGCCUGGCAUGCGCCAGUAUGCGUCUCUUAGUAGAGCCCAAGAUCACCGCCUUGAUCGACGAUCUGUUGAGUCGAACGGAUAUCCAGAGUGAUGUCCAUAUAGUCAUCCUUCAAUCUUUGUUUGGCUUGCUAUGUGGUCCCGAAGGCAGGGAGACACGUUAUCAGGAUAUCACGGAGCGGAUCUGGAAGAUAUUGGUCGACACUGCACACUCGGAUCUUCUGAAGAAGUCCGGUGUUGCUUUUGUUCUCUUGGCAGUAAUACCCUCGUCCAGGCGCCUGGGACAGGCGCCUCGUAUGAAUCCGUCCAGCGGUAGUCGCAUACUCAAGAUCAACACAGCCCUACAGAACCUGGCUAAGGUUGUUAUUCCUGAGAGUCUUGUCGAUCGGUACGUCGACGAUAUACUUGCACCCAUGUGCGCGAAACCAACGGGUGAAAACGCAGGCGAUGACGAUCUGGUCGACGUUCGAACCUUGGCUCUACAAAUCCACACACAGGUCGAAGGCUGGAUCACUGUUAGAAACGCAUCCAAACUUGCCAAAACAUGGAGAAAAGAGGCAUCCGAGGUUCCACUGGAGGAGGACAAGGAUCAACUCUGGCCUUUGUUUUCUUAUGGCAUCAGUAUGUGCGUGGGAAAGGAGGUCCAGGGAGCGCUGGAAGCUGGUCAAGAAGGAAACACAUCCUGGCAGGAGCUGAUCGGCCUUAUUCAAGAUCAGGUUGACCACUUUCUGGACCCAACACUACGCCGGGAGUUGCGAAAGAAGGCUCUGGAGAGAAUCAAUGGCCUACAGCUUAAGGACUCUUUUUUGCUGCAAAACUUUGAGAAAGCGAAGAAGAUUGGUGCGUUCACAGGAGACGUCCUCGAUUUGUCGCGUCCAUUGUUGGGCAAGGGAAUGGAGGCUGUGGCCUGGAAGAUCGCGUUGGCGAGGGAGAUUACGGUUUUUGGCCCCCAAGCGGACAUGACGCAGGACCAGAUCAAUGAAGAGGCGCUCAGAAUCCUACUCCGCAUUGUGGACUAUACCAACCGAUACCUGUCUGAUGAGAACGUCGUCAAGGAAUGGGUCAAACAACUUCUGUCCAAGGCCAGUAAUAACACGCCUUUGAAGAGAUUUAUUGGUCUAGCCCUUAUCAGGCCACUCGAGGAUUUGAUUGACUGGGUUCAUCUGGACGAUGUGACCCUGAAUGUUGUAUGCAGCAAUGCCGGGGUCUUUACACUGGCUGAAAUUGGCGUUUUGGUGGAGAGAUUAGCCAGCCGCGAAAACCCACAUUUUUACUGGAGACAGCGAAAGAUGAUCUCCCAGGCCAUCACACGCGAAGUUCAGCGCCGGUUUGCGGAGAGCCGAAGAGAGUUGACUCAGAAACUAUUGUCGUCGGUGAAGUUGAUAUUAUCACCAUUGAUCAAGCGUGCCCAGGCUGCGGGAUGGAUCCAAGGGCCCGAUGCGACCAUCAUUUCUGACAUGAUGAGGAGCCAUAUGUCUAUCAUGUGUACAGCCUUCCCCAGAGUUACCGGCCCGUGGCUGCAUCACAAUGUCGCCAACGCCCUGGAAUCUGGCGACGAUAAUUGUGGUCUGGCGGACAUCGUCAACGCCUUUGUGAGCUUCGGUUCGCAGGCUACGUCCAUGGGGCAUCAAGAUACGGCCAUUCAGAAGAUCAAAGCAACUGACAGAUACGGCAUAGCCCCAGCAACAGCUCUGAUCCUUGAAGCCCUUAUGAACGGCACAGUGGCUGGAUUGGACUUCACGCUGUUCAUGGCGCCUCAUAGUGUCCCAUUCGAGGUCAUGCAAGGAUACUGGUUCCCAUUUAAAGCCAGCCCUGAUUCGGAGAUAAGUAUCAGCGGCAAGACGAGCCUUCCCUCGACACUGAAGGAGCUUGACUCGAUCUGGAACAAGACCAUGGGCGAUCAUCCUGGAUAUUUCAAGCCUUUGGACCAGGCUGUUCGAAGCGCUUCUCAGAAGAAUACAUCGCCGAUGCUCCUCCAGAUGUACCGCAAUUACGCCGCGCUGACGAUCAACAAGCACCCCCAGGCUGUGCUGAUGCGACCGUACGUCUAUCUGGAAUAUGCACGUCUGGCCCUGACACAACCUGGCACGACUGUCACUCCAAAUAUGAUCGCAGGACAAAUGCUAGCUGCAUUUACGCCUGUCAAAGAUCCAAUUGCCGACCAGUUUACGUUUGCGUGGGCGCCUCCCCUGGGUCUGGCACUGGACAUGGCGGAGUAUUUGUUGCAUGAUGUCCGUGAUGAGGCAGCGACGGAGGGAGAGCGUGAGGCGCGAUUGAUUGAGCAGACGGUGGCCACUUUCUUGAACGGGUGGCUCCAGCAGAUUGUGUUGCGGGAGGUUGGAAAACUGCUAGCGGAGGAAGCAGACGUUGCUGCCCUGGAAGCGCGCUACAUAGCUCUAGUCGAGGAACUCUGUGAGGAUGGAUCCGGUGGGCAGGGUCUGGCAUUGGAGCUGGGCGAUUUUUUACCGGGCGGCCAAAAAAAGAGUGCAUUUGACAAUAGUACAAUGGAAGAAAAUGAUGGUGACUACUGCUAAUGGCAUCCCUUCAGACGCCUAGCGCAAGCGACAACUAUAUUAUGCGUAUGUAUGUGAAUAAAGGGUCAAUUUGUUACAUAGUG